GUAUGAGAGUGUGUAUGUGCAGUUGUGCUUUUGAAAAGUCGACAUCUAGAACAUUACAAGACACUGGGUAGGUGAUGUUGAGACGGAUAGAUGGGAAUUCAUGAUCCUACUAUCACUUCGGUAUAGCUAUUCGACAGCUGGACUCUUCUCUGCUCGAUAUCCAACAUCUCAAAGCCUGCCCUGACAUAAAUACCCACCUAGGAAGGUAGAUUGGCAUUCAAACAUCCAAAUACAUACUAAUAACAAUCUACAUUCCUCUUCCUCUCUCUCCCGCCACGAGAUAAGAUCGCUUUCCUUAACCUUAUAUAAUUGCUAGGCAAUCUAAUUCUCACAAAACGUAUAGCACCCCCAGCUUCAAAACACAACGCAAGCCUCACAUUUCGAUCCAUAUCCAUAUCGAUAUCGGUAUCACUCACCAUGUUCUACAAUCUCAAUCCUUUUUCAUCUCCCUCCACCACUACCGAAAUCACCGACCUUCUAAUCUAUCCUAUAAAGUCUUGUCGUGGGAUCUCAAUCAAAUCGUCCCACCUCACCACUCAUGGUCUCGACCUUGACAGACGCUGGAUGUUCGUUUCUGGCGAUGACCAUAAAUUCAUCACAAUCCGCGACAUUUCCUCUAUGACCUUAAUUGACACCGCUUUUGCCACAGCCAAAUCUCCCUCUGAAUCUGGCAGUGAAGAUGCCGAAUAUCUGGUCGUCAGCAUCAGGAACACAGACAAGAAAGUCAUGGUUCCCGCACGACCCACAGAGCAGUGGCUGAAAGAUAACACAAGUUUGACACAGGUGGAAAUUUGGGAUUACAAGACAGAUGGAUACGUAUACAAGGAUGAGAUAAACAGCAUAUUCAAUGAAUUCUUUGAGAAGGAAGUGAAGCUGGUGUACAAGGGGCCAACGCCCAGAAUUCUGCGGGGUAACGGAGCACCGGAAAUAUUAGGAAGAGAGGAGAGCACGAACUUCCCAGAUGUGAUGCCCGUCUUGAUUGCAAAUGAAGCUUCUCUUCAAGAGUUAAAUCAAAGAUUAGCGAAGAAAGGAGCGGAUGAGAUCACAAUUGAGAGAUUUCGUCCCAACAUAAUUGUGAGGGGUAAAAACGAGAGAAGCAACGAAGAUAUCGCGCCGGCUGCGUGGACGGAGGAUAAUUGGAAGCGAGUGAGAAUAAUCAACCAGUCAAACUCGGGGCUAUUAUCCACGGUAAUGGGUUCAAACGGGGUAGACAUCGAUGUCCAGGCUCGUUGUGCAAGAUGUCAAGUUCCUAAUGUGAACCCAGAAACUGCUGAAAAAAAUAAACACGAGCCAUGGGAUACAUUGGUGAGCUAUAGACGUGUAGAUGAAGGAAUCAAAUGGAAACCAUGUUUUGGAAUGUUGGGUGUACCUAGGUUGGAUGGGCCCAUUGCUGUGGGAAUGAAGUUUGAGGUUCUGGAAACUACAGAGAAUCACAAGUAUAUGAAGGGAUUCUAGUGCUUUUCUUUUUAUAGUUCAAUAAAUCAAAGUUAUCACGCUCGGUAAUCGUCA